AAGAAGAUAUUGUUAUAUCAGAGUUUUUCGAUGAUGAAGACGAAGUGGAUUAUGAGCCAGACGAAGACGUUUACAGUCAAAAACCAAACACUGCUCAAAAACUUUCUAAAGUCUCCAUAGAUGUUGAAGAAAAAGAAAAAAAUGAAGUAGAAAUUACCAAUGGAAAUUCCAACCGACACCGUCCACGUAGCAAGACUGAAGGCAAUUAUUCGAACACUCAAUGCACAUUAAAUGGUAAAGAUGAAAAAUCUGACAUUAAAGACAAUGACCAUAUUAAAGAUGUCAAACAUAGUGGCGUAAUCCACCAGGAUACACGGAAAAUAAGCAUCAGAUCCGCCUAUACUAAGAUGAGACCUUCAGCAUCCAUUGGCAGACCAAAGAAAAUUAAUUGGAGUAGUCGUGAAUUUCACCAAAGAAGGUUGGCGCCUACCUCUUCCAACGGGUACGCCGUUAACUAUCAUUAUAAAAUACAAAAAUCACGCUCUGGUAAAUUGAACGAAAGGGACUCUGGCACUGGCACUGGCCGAUAUUACUUUAGUCACAGUCGCCGUAUGGAAACUAUGGACAGUAAGGAUAAUAAAAAAAUCAAAGGACAUUCGCACCGGGAUGACACACCACGCGAACGAAAUCUUGAUUUUCCUACCCAUGCAUCUGAAUAUCAUCACACUCCAAAACCAACAUCUGACAAUUAUGACAAAGAACCCCGUUCAAAACGUCAGAGUGAUAUUUCAUAUUGUACAGGUGAAUCACGAUAUGGCACAUCGAAAAAAUCCUCAGAUGUAACUCGCUACUUUAUUAUGAAGAGUCACAACCACGAAAACGUCCAAAAGUCACAAAUAGACGGUGUCUGGGCUACACAGCCUAUUAACGCUAGUGUAUUAAGCGAUGCUUUUAGAAAUUCUAAAAGAGUUAUUCUGAUUUUUUCCGUGAAUAAUAGUCGACAUUUUCAAGGUUUUUGCUUAAUGGAAUCCGAUGUAGGUACUAUAAAACAUGCUUCAUGGACAGAUAUUAGUGGAUCUUCUCUUGGCGGAAAUUUUAGCGUUAGAUGGCUAAAAAUUGGUAAUUUAUCAUUCGAACGAACGCAUAAUAUUCGCAAUCCCUGGAACGAUAACAAACCUGUAAAAAUUAGUCGUGAUGGACAGGAGCUUCCUGAAAAUAUUGGUGACGAAUUGUGCAACCUCUUUGAUUAUACCUCAUCCAAGGAGGCAUCCAUCUUGGAUGUAAACGCUGACAAAAAUAGGUCACAUAAAGUGUCUAUACGAGGUUCGGAAUCUGGAAGCAAUAAUUAUCCUUUUGACAUAAAAAUUUGGAUGUUUUGUAUUAAAGCAUUUUAUUGA